AUGACGCUUCUCCAGACUACAAUUCGAGUGCCGUGGGCGCUCGAUUCUCAAGUUGGGCAUUUCCCGGUUCGCUCGCCGUUACUAAGGGAAUCCUGCUCGCAACGGCGUCCUCAGCCGACGACUUCAUUUCCGCCAACCGCAAGGCUCGAGUGA